GGAGUGAGGUUCAAGUGCGAAGUAGCUUUUAAGCGCGAGAUAACGGUGUGACGAGUCGAUAUUGUGAUGCUGUUGUUGGCGCCAUGUGCGUAGUUUUUUAUAAACAGAUUCGAAUGCGCAGGCUUGUGUGUUGCAAAAGAAUGGAAAAAGAAUAUAUGAACGAAUCGCAGAUCCGUCCGCAGAAAAUCGUCUUUGCUAAAUCGCAAUUGUCUCGUCGUCGCGUAGACCGAGGAUUGCGUCGAGUCAAUUAAAAUAUUGUUUUACGCUCGCUGCACGCAAAAGAAGCGCCAAAGAGAGACGUACAAGACUAUACAAAAAAACACUCAGUGCGAAUCUCUAGAAAUGAAUUUAUGGAUUGGGUCAUCGGAGCCAUUAUUUUAUUUACCCUCGUGGGCUACGCCGACGCGUAAAUUAAUAACGGAUCGAUACACGCCAUUAUUGCUCUAUAAUUAAUUUACCCUCUCCUGAGAGCCGACGUUUCCGACUUGUAAUAAUUCCAGCAAGUCGCGCUUAUCGAUCGCGGAGGAAAACGGAGAGAAAAAAAAGCAACGCCAACCUACUUCUCGGAACGUGUACACAUCGCCGCGAUGUUUUUUUUUCGCCCGAAUAAUCGGCAAAAAGCCAUCGAUACGUCAGCAGUCAGCGGCGCCAUAAAUCGCCGGCAAGAAUAAGCGACAGCUGCACUUUAAUCUCCGUCGCCAUUGACUCUCCCGCGCCAGAGGAGCCGAUCCGGUGAGCGGACUACUCGUGCGCUGACGAUCACGCGAUGCCGACGCUCCCGAUUUUUCUUCGCGUGCGCUGCAGUUGCCGAUGCAGACUUUCGCGGAUCUAUGGAUGUGUCGCGUGAUGAGCUGCCGCUUAGGCUAGGACGAGAAAUUGGGUUGAGACUUGGCUGACUUAAUUUUCUAUGCCUAAUCUCGCUCUCUGUGAUUUCAACUCGCGGAGAUUGAAUCGCGCAAUUACGCGAGUUUUGAUGUACCGCUGAAUUUUAAUCGGAUUUAAUAUUCGAGAACCGGCUGAGUAAAUAUAUGCUAUCAGUGCGCUAUCGGGGUCUAUAUAUUCCAUGCCAACUCCCGGCGCCCCAUUAUUAAUCACGCGACUCGCUUGUUCGGAUUAAUACACAGGAAGCUCCGGUAAAUCAUUGGAAAAUCGAAUAUGCGACAUUCCGAAAAUGAACGUCGAAAAGGGAAAAAUGUCGAAAUCCAAUUUUAAUGAAACGCAAACAAAGGCUAAUCGGCAAACAUAAUCGCUCGGAGCUCUCACGUAUAAUAAAAUCAAUACCUAAAAUUAAUUAAAACCGCAGAGCGGUGCAGCCUCGCUCGUGAUCAACUCUUCGGCGGGCAGGUUACACAAACGUAGGUAUAUAUUAUAUACUCUACAUAAAAGUUAUCAACCGCACGGCGGGACACGAGUUAUCGAGUAGGAUCGGCCUUGUCGGUACACACAGCCUGCGCUUUCGAGGCGCGCCAAGUGAGAGAAGUAGGAGGAAGCGUUGAGGUUGCGUCCGCCAGAGGUCGCUACCGGCCGGUGUAACGCGAGCCUCGAAUACACGCGGCUUACGUGAAUGGACGCAUUCGUCCUCUUCCUCGCGGAGGCAAGCGCGGCGCUUCGAGCACUUUUCAAGAUGCUAACCCAAACCAAAUGGUUAUUAACAAUGGCAGACAAAUUUGAAGUCCCUGAGCGUUUUAAGAGUAACGAACAAUCUGUUUUUGAGGCAUUUAAUGAUCUGGUAGAACAGUAUCACCCGGUGGAUCUCGGCCAAGGAGCGCCUGAUUUUAACCCACCUUUAAAGCUAAGAUCUGCAAUGUCCAAAAUUAUGCUCAGCGGUGAUGCUGCACUGAACCAGUACACGCGAGAUUAUGGACAUCCAAGAUUAGUUAAUGCAAUCGGCAAAUAUUACUCGAAAUUGUUAAAUAGAAUACUAGAUCCAUAUAAUAAUAUAUUCAUCACUGUGGGUGCAACUGAGGCUUUAUUUCUUUCACUGCAAACUCAUACUAAUCCUGGCGACGAAUGGAUUAUUAUCGAACCUUACUACGAUCCCUAUUUAAAAAUGGUGAAAGAUGCACUAGGAGUCGCAAGAUUUAUAGCUUUAAAACCGAACAAAUUAAACGGAACAAUCACGUCUGAUGAUUGGACUUUUGAUAGACAAGAGUUAAGGAAUCUUUUUAACGUAAAUACAAAAGGUAUAAUUGUUAACACUCCGAACAACCCGAUUGGUAAAGUUUUUACUCUUGAUGAACUUACAUUCAUCGCUGAUUUGGCAAAAAAAUGGGACACACUCGUCAUAUUCGAUGAAGUUUAUCAAUUUCUAACAUUUAAUAAUAAAAAGCACAUACGAAUUGCUACUUUACCAGGAAUGUUUGAACGAACUAUCUCGAUUGGUUCAGGAGGAAAAGCAUUCAGUGCAACUGGCUGGAGACUUGGAUGGGUUUACGGUGGAGCUAAAAUUUUAAGUAAUUUAAGAGCACUUCAGACUAAUGUCGUGAUGUCAGUUCCUACUUCAAUGCAGGAAGCCUUCGCAAUUAUAUUCGAAGAUGAGCUGCGAAAUUUUGGAAAGUCCAACUCUUAUCUCACAAGUUUCAAUAAAUUAGUGGAAUCAAAGAAAAGCUAUAUAAUAAAAGGUUUGACAGAAUUAGGAAUGACCGUAAUAGUGCCAGAUGGUGGAUAUUUUGUUGUAGCGAACUGGACUACGUUAGCACAUGAAGUAAAUAUAACGAAAAAAACGACUGGAGAUAUGGAUACUGAAUUCAUCAAGUGGAUGAUAAAGAAUGUUAAGGUUCUUGGAUUUCCGUUUGCAAGCUUUUUUGACAAAAAUGACAAACACAUCGGGGAAGGUGGCAUUCGAUUUGCUUAUGUUAAGAAGAAGAAAACACUGAAGAAUGCCAUUGAAUUAAUGUCGAAAUGGGGAAGUUAGUAUUAAAAGAUUAUAUCAUCGAAAUCAAUGAUAUUCUAUAUAACGUAAUGGAUUUCACAGUUCGAUUACGCGCCCAAUAUAUAUAUUACGCUUACACCUUUCAUUUCAUACAUACAAAUAAAAAUAUGUACGUAUGUGCUCACUCACAAGUAUCGCCAUCGCAGUUAGCAACAAAAUAGAGAAUAAACAGUACCUCUCACUGCAGCGGGGUCUUACAAAAAUCCAGCGACUAACAAGA